AUGGCUUCGGACGAUCUUGUAUGGUCCGUCAUUGGCACCGACUUCUGCAGCUUCAAACUCAAAACCACAAAAGACCAAACUUUCUGCAGAAACGAACACAACGUAUCAGGUUACUGCUCCAAGCAGUCGUGCCCGCUCGCCAACUCACGCUAUGCCACGAUUCGCUCAGAUCCCGCGACCGGCGACUUGUACUUAUACAUCAAAGCCAUCGAACGCGCACAUCUUCCGUCGCAAUGGUGGGAAAAGAUAAAGCUUCCCAAGAACUAUGGCCAAGCGCUGGAGAUGGUCGACCAGCACCUCGCAUACUUUCCCAAGUUUCUCAAGCACAAGAACAAGCAGCGCUUGACUCGUCUUACUCAAGUCAACAUAAGGAUACGGAAACUGGCCAAGGAAGAAGAGCGCCUAGGAGAGCGCCUAGUUCCUAGACUGGCACCCAAGGUCCGCCGACGAGAGGAAGGCCGUGAGCGUAAAGCUCUCGCAGCCGCCAAGGUCGAGCGCGCCAUCGAGCGAGUGCUCAUCGACCGUCUGCGCAGUGGCGCAUACGGUGAUCGACCGAUCAACGUUGAGCCAAAUGUCUGGAAGCGUGUCAUGCGCGGCCUGCAGAAAGAGGGCCAGCUCAAGGGCGACGAAGAUCUGGACGAAGGUAUCGAGGAGGAAGACGAGAACGAAUACGAACACGAGAUGGAGAACGGUGUCGGUGAAGUCGAAUACGUCAGCGACAUUGAGGGUGAAUCCGACGAUGAGAUGGAGGACUUUGAGGACUGGAUAGGUGGACAGAGUCCUGAUGAAGGCUCAGGUGACGAAGACGACGAGAGCGGUAGCGGUAGCGAAGAAGACGAGGAGGAUGAGUCUGCAGAUGAGGACACAGAGGCUCUCAAGAAGACGCUGGCAAAUCUCAAGCGCAAGCGCCCUGCUGGUCCGCCACCCAAGCCCAAGAAGAAGCCAUCGAAGGAUUCAAAGGGGCCCAGACGCGAGAUCGAAUACGAGAUGGAGAGAGAGCCCGCGGCGAGAGAAGCCAUGCGCAACGCCUGGGAAGAUGGUUGCGCACUUGCCGGUCCCAGGAUAAGUCCGUCUUCUGUUUCAGGGACAGUCCUGCCCCCAACGAAUGAAUCUCCUCAUCGGCCAGGUACUCCCCAGUCCAAGCCGACUAAGCUAAACGACGAAGACUUCGGCGACUUUGUAACAGCGUCCACUGAUCCUUUGAAGCGACCCAUCUACGAUACAACUGAGAAUGAGGGCGAAACACAGGGGCUCUUGAACUCUUUCUCCGCGCCUGUAUGGGAGGCUGAUACUUAUAUCGGCAAGGGCCUUGUCGAGCCUGUCAUCGCUGGCAUAGGUAUGUUCAAACGAACGGUUUUACCGGCAAGGAAUCUGGCUACCUGGAAACUGAACAAAAGCCGAGCGCAGGUGAUUAUGGAAGAACACAAGAAGAGGCGACUGCAAAAGCCUGUCAUCUCUGCGACUCCUACACCUGCUCCAUCUCCUACCAAGAAGGGCGCAACGGGGGUCGCUACUAGUUCAUUCGGGGCUGAAUACAACCAGUAUCUAGAUACGCACAGUGAAAGUAUUUCAGUGUCGGACCUGAACGGGGUGAUGCGACCAGUGAGUUUCACAGAGCCGAUCGAUGCGUUGAUGGAGACGGAGCGUAGGGCUUGGGGGCCUUAA